UCGAUCACCUGCAGACUAUGAUAUUCCACCUGAUACUGUAUUCCGUUCUAGCGCAGGCCAGGGCCAUCAGAGAUCCUCGUUUUGUUCGGACCAAUACGCCGUACCCCCCCAGCCUGGACUGCGGUCUCAAUGCCACCAAGUCAAGCUGCUCCACCAGGUGCGAGGAGACCUGUCAGUACAAGUCCCGCAGCUGUCCGCCGAAAAUCUGCGGGGGUCCGUGCGUCUGCCUCGAAGACUAUGUGAUCGACGAGCGGCGAUCGGACUGUAUUCUGCUGACAGAUUGCGGGCUGAAGCAGCUGGAUGUUCCCUCUUACCAAGUGAGCAGUGUGAAGUACUUUGGGGCCAACUAUGGCCCCUACAUUAUCCCUGAAGGGAACGUAACAGAAAGUUGAGCGGAAAUUGUGAAAUUCCUAAUGUGAGUGCAACCAAAUUGAAAUAAAUCAGUGCCGAGCUGUA